GUUGCAAAAUGCUUUUUGUUCGUGGUUCAUGGCAACUUUUGGUGUAGGGUUUAGAAGUAGGGCAAGCUCAGAGACCGUAACAUUAUGUAACACCCCACAUCUUUCUUGCGGACGACAAAUAUUAUGCACAUAAUUUGUGCAGCUCUGGAGUAUGAAAUUGUCCUACAUGUCUUGGACUGCCGCAAGCGAUAACGGGAGGUUAGGUCGUGACUGCAAGGCGAAGCGCUAUAGAGUAUUGCACAUAAAAAUAUAAGUAGGUUUAAGGUUUGGGUCUCAUGGCGGAAAUGCAGUACACGGGCCGCGGGAGGGGCCCUCCAACCGCACCGCAUGGGCAGCAGCAGGCGCAGCAGCCUCAACAGCAGACGCCCCAGCGCGGUCAGCGGCCAACCUCAGCUUCACCGCGGCUUCAUGGCCCAUACCCUGGCGCGCAGGCGUCCAGAGCAGCGCAACCCUCUGCCCAGCACAUGCUUGCAUUCCUAGACUUAGCAGAGCAAGCAGCGGCAAAGCAGGUUCCCGUUUUCCCAUCUACCGAGUCUUUCCCUGAAGGAGUCUUGGGGAAACCUGGAGCUGGCCGUUCAGCAGGAAAAGUUUCAACACGGCAGCAGCAGCGGCCGAAAUCCGCUGUUCAAUUGCGGACAUCAGGUCAGCCGCGACUCGCGAAAGAGCCCCCAGACGCAGCCAAAUCCCCAGCUGUUGCUGCUUCACCUCCAGCUGCUCGACAGUACGGCAGAAUUUCAAUAUUCGAUCGUGACACGGACGCGCAGGCGCCACAUGAGGUGCUGGGUCCCAAGAUCCUGCGCGACCUGGACCAGCCCCGAGUGGGUUUCCCCUCGCGCCCGCCCGAGGACUUUUUGAAAGCCGGAUCCGGCCUCAGUCUGCGACAGCGCAACCAGCUCAAAGAGCACCUCAAGCGCUGCCCCGUUAACGUUGAACCCCCCUUCAAGCCCGGUACCGGUGGCGUCCGCAUCUCCACCCCACACGACCCCUUCUCCCCCUCCCUCUCCUCCGCCUCCCCACGUACCCUGCUGCGAACCUACUAUGACAACGGAACUCUGGAUUUCGUUGCCGUACGCUGGAGGGGCAGCAGGGCGGGGGCACUGGUGUGGGCGCGGGAGGUGACACGGGGUCCCGAGCAGGGCGGUCCGCUGUCCCGCACCUACACCGCCUGGUUCCCCUCCCCCCCGCCCGACCUGCCGCUGCCCGCCUGGCUGCCGGUGUUCCUGGACGGGGUGCGGGAGGCCGCGGAGCCGUACCGCUUCAUCGCCAUUCGGGGCUGCGAGGAGCUGAUGGAGGCAGCGGGGGACACGCUGCACACCCUGGCCCCCAGCCUGGUGGCCCCCCUGCGGGCCGUCCUGGAGACCCGCGAGCCCACCUGCGUGGCGGUGGGGCUGCAGCUGGCGGCAAACGCCAUCCGGAUCGACCCACGGGUCGCGCAGGAGUGGGUGCCGCACUACUGGCAGUUUGCGCAGGUCCUCAACCUCUUCCGCACCCACGGUGGUCGUUUGUUAGUCGACAUGGGCUACAACAAGCGCGCAGCCGCCUCCUGUCGCCGCCUCGCUUCCGACUUCAUGACGUUAUUUGAACUGGCCGGCGGUACGGCAGCUACGGCUGCCGUACGGCGCUACAGCCCGGGUUGCGAUCCGGUUGUGACGGAUGUAAGCAUGGCUCGUGCGGCGGCCAAGGCUGCGGCGAGGGCGGCUGAGGUGGGGAUGGAACCGGGGAGCUUUAAACCCUUUACGUUGAUGUAGGGCUGGGGAUUAAGUAGGUCCUGGAUUGGGAGGGCAUAGGGCAGCUAGGGGGCGGGCAGGUAUGUGUGUUAAAGUAACUGGCCGCGAGGCGGAACGUACUGUGAUUGCCGGAAGAUGAAGUCCCCCCACAGCUGUACGGCAUAACUGACACUGACCUACCUUCAGUGUAGAAGAGGGCUUUGUCACAGUAGAGGCGACUGUUCAUAUUAAGGGGCAGGUAGCAGCGCAAGUGACAAAGUGAGGUGGAGAGGUGCGCGUUUAAGGAGGGGCCCUUAGCCUUUAAGACCCUUAGCAUUGUUCCCAGCUUCCGUCUGCAUGUUAUGAACUGUUGUAUAUGUAUAUUGGUUAUUCUUACCAGGCUGCGUGCAUGUAUGCAUAUGUUUGUUUCUGUUCAUGCUGGGAUUUAGGGUGUAUUGCGGUGUUUAUGUGGUGGUCAACAGCUCAACUUUGCGUGCGUGUUCAACGAAGUUCUUACCAAGAGGCGCGCCGUAGGUGGUGAUGAACUGAUGAUGUUGCGCCCAGCCAGUCCUCAGAGAUGCGUAGUGUACGGCACGUGUUUCCAUAAUGCCAGGGCUUGAUGCUGGGCCGCUGGGGAUGGCGUCGGCUCUGCCGUACAUACGCAAGCAACGGUCAACCUCUGUGGUUGUUGGUUCGGGUCCACUGCAAUGUGUGAUCCGCUAGGAGCCUGAAAUGGAUUGCGCGUGUACAUACAGCCGUUAUCACUUCGCCGGCUCCUCUGUAAUUAGCAGGGCUUA